AUGGCUCUUUGGGCGGAACACUUUCAACCUCAGUUCAGCUGGCCCCCUGCUGCCGGACCUCUUCCUACUCAGGUGAUGCAGCACGAGCAAUGGACGGUUAGUUUAGAGCCUCCGUCGGAGGCCGACGUCCGAAAUGAGAUCACAGCCCUUAAUCGUUUUCGUGCCGCUGGCCCGGAUUCCCUCCCACCUGCACUAUUUAAGGAUGGAGGUGAGGUCCUCUGCAAACCACUGACCUUCUUAUUCGAAUGUAUCUGGAAGGGAAUGAAUGUCCCGGCUGAUUGGAGUGAAUCUAUUAUAGUGGCAGUGUACAAGAAGGGCAGUCGCACAGACUGUUCUAACCACAGUGGUAUUAGCCUAACGCCAGUUGUGACAAAAGUAGUAGCCUCGAUUAUCGUUCGUCGCCUCACUGCGGAACGGGAAUCUCAGAUUAGGGAAAAGCAGGCCGGUUUCCGCCCAGGGCAUGGCUGUAUAGAUCAUAUAUUCACUUUGAGGCAGGUGCUAGAGCAGCGCCACGCACACCGCAGAUCGACAAUAGCUGUGUUCCUCGAUUUCAAGAGUGCUUUCGAUUCGGUCGAUCGAUCGAUUCUGUUCGAAUACUUGCGCGGAAAGAUGUUCCCAAGAAAUAUGUGA